UUCCCACGGUCCUGCCGCCGCCGCCUCCGCGGUCACCCGUAGCAGAUUUCCUCAGUCGAACUCCCAGAGGCACAGAAUGAUUUGGGAACUAGCUGUGUUGCUCAGCUUGGUCCUGGGAAUUGGUGCUGUUCCUAUGGACGAUCCUGAGGAUGGAGGCAAGCACUGGGUGGUGAUUGUUGCAGGUUCAAAUGGCUGGUAUAAUUAUAGGCACCAGGCGGACGUGUGCCACGCCUACCAGAUCGUCCACCGCAACGGGAUCCCCGACGAGCAGAUCAUCCUGAUGAUGUACGAUGACAUUGCCUACUCUGACCAGAAUCCCACCCCAGGUGUUGUGAUCAACAGGCCCAAUGGCUCAGAUGUCUACGCUGGAGUCCUGAAGGAUUACACGGGCGAGGAUGUCACUCCGCAAAAUUUCCUUGCUGUGUUGAGAGGAGAUUCAGAAGCAGUGAAGGGCAAAGGAUCUGGAAAGGUCUUGAAGAGUGGCCCCAAGGAUCACGUGUUCAUUUACUUCACUGAUCAUGGAGCUGCUGGACUACUGUGUUUUCCUAACGAUGAUCUUUAUGUACAGGACCUGAAUAGGACCAUCUAUUACAUGUACGAACAAAAAAUGUACCAAAAGAUGGUGUUCUACAUUGAAGCCUGUGAGUCUGGGUCCAUGAUGCAGCACCUGCCCACCGACAUCGAUGUUUAUGCGACCACUGCUGCCAACCCCUCAGAGUCGUCCUAUGCCUGUUACUACGAUGAUUCGAGAGACACGUACCUGGGGGACUGGUACAGUGUCAACUGGAUGGAAGAUUCCGACAUGGAGGAUUUGACGAAAGAGACCCUCCACAAGCAGUACCAGCUGGUGAAAUCCCACACCAACACCAGCCACGUCAUGCAGUACGGCAACAAGUCCAUCUCUGCCAUGAAAGUGAUGCAGUUUCAGGGUACGAAGCACAAAGCCAGUUCUCCCAUCUCCCUGCCUCCAGUCAAACACCUCGACCUCACGCCAAGCCCUGAGGUGCCCCUUGCAAUCAUGAAAAGGAAACUGAUGAGCACCAAUGAUCUGUACGAGUCCAGGCAUCUUGUCGAGGAGAUCCGCAGGCACCUGGAGGCUCGGCACGUCAUCGAGAAGUCAGUGCGGAAGAUAGUCUCCUUGGUCGCCAGGUCGGAUACUGAGGCGGAGAGGCUGCUGUCUGAGCGAGUGCUGCUCACGGCGCAUGACUGCUACCGGGCAGCUGCGGCGCAUUUCCGCACACACUGCUUCGACUGGCACUCCCCCACGUACGAGUAUGCUCUGAGACAUUUGUACGUGCUGGUCAACCUUUGUGAGAAACCUUAUCCAGUUGACAGAAUAAAAUCAUCCAUGGACAAAGUGUGCCUUGAUAACUACUGAAACACUGCCUCUGUGAUGCUUUUCCAAGUGUGAGCACCGGUCCUCAGAAUGUGUGUAAUCCGAGACUGAAGAGGCGGCCCGAGGAGGGAACCCCAGCUGCCCCGCCCUCCGGGGGAAUGCGGGGCCGGGUCAGGCCGCUCCUGGGCUGCAUGCCAGGCCCUUCACAAGGCGCCUGCUCGCCCUUACCUACUUCCCCGUCUCCGACAGGUCCUGUGUGAUGCUCUGAAAAAGCGACAGAUUUGGCUGCCUAAAGCUCUGUGUUGAGAAAGGCAUAUUUGCUUUUGAAGAGGUUUUUUUUGCCCAUUAGUUUUAAGGAGCAGAAAGUUCACUGGGGCAUCUGCAGCCAGUGAAAGAGUCUGUUCCCAGGAAUUUAAAGCUGGAGCCUCUUAAGUCUUCAGAAUGAUUUUAUUGAAGAGGGACGUAAGACCCAAAUGGGAAACUAUUUUUAGAAGAUAUUAUAAUUUUUCAUUGCUUUUGUAUUUUAUUUCACAAUAAUGGAGAAAUCUGAAAAAUAAAGAUUUGUACCUGAACCCGA